UUUUUUUUUUUUUUCUUUUCUUUUUUAUCUCUUGAUGCGAAAGGAAUAAUAUACCUGCUACAAUCUUUUGUAAAUACAUACGCACAUAUAAAUCACCAAUAACAAACAACCUUUUAUUCUUCUCUUUCUCUUUCCUAAUUCCUACUUUCCUUUUGUAAAUCCUUUUUCUAUCUUUUUCUUAUAAUACAUCCCACAAAAAAAAACUCAAAAAAAAAAAAACUUUAAUCACUAUGGCCACUACAAUUCAACACAACCCAGUCUUAUUACAGCAACAACCAACCGACGAUGAAGAUGUUGCGUUAGCAACCUAUUUAUCUAGCUCGCUAAGAUUUGAUCAACAUCACCAGCCUCAACAACAACAACAACAACAACAACAACAACAAGCACAAGGGCAGUAUAAUAAUGCAGCUCAGUAUUAUCAACAACAAAAGAAGCUGAAUCGACCACGUACAAGAGUUUCGAGUAACACCUCAAGUUCAAGCUCCCAAAUCCAAGUACAAAAAUCCACAUCCACACCAAUCAUCAAUAAUAACCGAACCAGAAAACCUCCACCACCAUCUCCAUCAUCACAAGCAUCAUCCAUUGAUGGUAGACGGCGCAGUGUAAUCACUUUAAAUAGUGAAAGAAGACCCUCCAUAGCCUCCACUACGUCUGCCAUGUCUAUUCAAUCAGACAUGUCAAUGAAUACCAAAUUAUCAUUAACAAAAAAACUUCGCAAAGUAUUCAGUAUGAACAACUUAAAGAACCAACCUCCUACAAGUAAUCUUGGUACUCUGAAUGAAAGAAACGGCUCUAUUACAUCGCUUUCUUCUACCGUUACCGAAUCCGCACCAAAACAAUUAUCGUUUAGACGUCGAUCUAUUGCUUCUCUUUCAAGUCUGUUCCAAAAGGGUGAGACUGCUAGUGUCAAUACACCAUCACCACCAGUGCAGGCACAAGCACAGGCACCAGUGUCAGCACCAGCUGCAGCAAAAAAGAUGACUAAGGAAAGCAAUACGAGACGUCAUUCCUCUGGUGAUUUACGUCAACUUGUAAAAGAAGAAAAUAAAAAAAGACCUGAAUUGCGAGUCGAUGUAAAAAAAGGUGGAUUGAAAGUUCGUUCUGCUUCAAAUAACAGUAGUAGUAGUAACAGUGUCACUCCUGAUUCACCCAAUUCGGUCAUAUCAUCACGUUCUUCAUUUAGUAGAUUACCCCCUCCUCAACAGCAAAGAAAUUUUAUUCAUUUACCAGAAACAGGAUUACCAUCGCCAACGCCUUCUACAUCCUCUUCUUCUAAAGUCAAGACAAUUGAUGAAGACUACAUCAAUAAUAAAAAACCAUCGACGCUUGUAGGUUUCCACUACGGCUUAGGAUUACAUGGCUCUCCCAAAUUAAAACCCGCUUCUUCUUCAACGAGUACACUUGGUAUCGAAACAAGAAGAAUUCAAUUUUGCAGUACCAUUCAAGUUCAUGAAACUUUUGCGCCCGCUGAUUACGAUCGUCGCUGUGAUACUAACUCCACUUGUCAAAAAUUAACUCAUAUUAUGGCAAUGAAAAUCAAGCAAGAAUUGAAUGAAUAUAAAUUAACUGAUAUGGAAGUUCAUGUUGAAAGUAGACAAUAUACUCACUUCUUCUUGUAAUAAACUCUUCUUUUUCUUGUUUUUUUUUUUUACAUA